CUAGUCCAACAUUAUCAGCUACUGGAUACUGGGAUGGGCAUUUCUGUUUCGGGUUCCUCUGUGUGUGUGUGUGUGUGCAGUGAGGACACGGAGCGAGUGAGCGAGACCAAGAAGACAAGCGAGGGAGGGAGCGUGUGUCAUUUAUGUGCGUUAACUGAGCUAACAGGGAGCAUCAGGAGGAACAGCAGCUGAAACAGAGAGAGAGAGAGAGAGAGAGAGACACAGAGAGUGAGAGAGAGAGAGAGAGAGAGACAGCGAGAGAGACACAGAGGGAGAGAGAGAGAGAGCCAUAGAGAGAAAUAGAGACAUAGAGAGAGAGCGAACGAGAGAGAGAGAGAGAGAGUUGGAGGGAGGAGGAAAAUAAGCCCAGGCACAGGGAGACAAAAGCUGCAGAGAGAGAGAAGACUGUUCCCUUCUUGCCCUCCACUAAAAGAACAACGGAGGAGGAGGAGGAGGAAGAAGACAAAAGGAGGAAGGAGGCGUACAGUACUGAACAUACUGGAACUGAAUUCAUAGGCUCCUUUUUCUUUACCCUCCUCCAUGUUUUAGGGGGAUUCUACACUAGUACAUUUGACUGCUGGCUUCUUCUUCAUCUCUAAAAAGAAAGAAAGAAAGAAAGAAAGAAAGAAAGAAAGAAAGAAAGAGAGGAGGAUGUCGGGGAAGAAAGAGUUUGACGUGAAACAGAUCCUCAGGCUGCGUUGGCGCUGGUUUAGUCAUUCAUCCCAGAGUUCUGCCGGUGGAGGAGGAGGAGGUGGAGGAGGUGGAGGAGGAUACCUCCAGGAGAGCUUUGAUCACAGAGGGACCCCAGUCCAGGGCAGGCUGAAGAGUCACUCCCGGGACAGAGGUGGCAGCGGUGGGGGACUCUGGAAGCAGAACAGCAACAGUCCGGUCCGUAGUAUCCUGGCCCCCACGCCUGUCUAUGUCAGAGCCAGUAAUCAAUCAUGGCACCAGCAGAACAUUAUUCAGCACCUGCAGCAGCAGGGAGGCCACGAGCUCCCGAAGAACAGCAGCUCACCUGACAACACCAGGAAGGAGGACUGCUCCAAGAGCAGCCAGGAGAAUGUGAAGAGUGUAGAGGAAUCCUCGGAGGCGGAAGCAAGACACAGGAUGAGCUCCAACGGCUCGGAUGAGUUCUUCCAGGCUACAAACCAUGCGGAACAGACCUUUCGCAAGAUGGAGACUUAUCUUCAGCACAAGCAGCUGUGUGAUGUCGUCUUGAUAGCGGGAGAUCAUAAGAUCCCGGCUCACAGACUGGUCCUCAGUGCAGUCUCUGACUACUUUGCUGCCAUGUUCACCAGCGAUGUGAGAGAGGCCAAACAGGAGGAGAUCAAGAUGGAGGGGGUGGAUCCAGAAGCCUUGAGAUCUCUGGUCCACUUUGCCUAUACUGGUGUCCUUGAAUUGAAGGAGGAGACCAUAGAGAGUUUAUUGGCUGCAGCCUGCCUUCUACAGCUCUCGCAAGUCAUUGAGGUUUGCUGUAACUUCCUCAUGAAACAACUCCAUCCAUCUAACUGCCUGGGGAUACACUCCUUCGCUGACGCCCAGGGAUGCAUGGAUUUGCUCAACGUGGCCCACAACUACACUAUGGAGCACUUCCUAGAGGUGAUUCAGAACCAGGAGUUUCUCCUGCUUCCUACGGCUGAGAUCGUCAAACUCUUGGCCAGUGACGACAUAAACGUACCAGAUGAGGAGACCAUCUUCCAGGCUCUGAUGACGUGGGUGCGGUUCGAUGUUCAACAUCGCCAGCAGGACCUUGGGGUUCUCCUGGCCUACAUCCGCCUGCCACUUCUGCCUCCACAGCUCCUAGCUGACCUGGAGAACAACACAAUGUUCUCAGAUGACCUGGAAUGCCAGAAGCUUCUAAUGGAAGCCAUGAAGUACCAUCUGCUCCCGGAGCGUCGUCUCAUGUUCCAGAGCCCCAGGACUAAACCCAGGAAGUCCACUGUAGGAGUACUCUACGCUGUGGGAGGCAUGGACGCUACCAAGGGAUCUACGACCAUAGAGAAGUAUGACCUGCGGACCAACACAUGGACCCAGGUGGGGGUGAUGAACGGCCGGAGGCUGCAGUUCGGGGUGGCAGUGAUCGACGACAAGCUGUACGUGGUGGGGGGCCGAGACGGGCUGAAGACAUCCAACAUGGUGGAGUGUUACAACCCUUUCAACAAUGUCUGGUCCACCAUGCCUCCCAUGUCUACACACAGACACGGACUCGGUAUAACAGUGUUGGAGGGCCCCAUGUAUGCAGUCGGUGGCCAUGAUGGAUGGAGUUACCUGAAUACAGUGGAGAGGUGGGACCCCCAGGCUAAACAGUGGAACUACGUGGCCAGCAUGUCCACGCCACGCAGCACUAUGGGAGUCACCGCACUCAACGGAAAAUUGUUUGCAGUUGGUGGUCGGGAUGGGAGCUCAUGUCUGCGGUCGAUGGAAUGCUUUGAUCCACACACCAACAAGUGGAGUAUGUGUGCCCCCAUGGCGAAGCGGAGAGGAGGGGUGGGUGUGGCCACGUACAACAGUUUCCUCUACGCUGUGGGUGGUCAUGAUGCCCCGGCGUCCAACCACUGCUCCAGACUCUCAGACUGUGUAGAGAGGUAUGAUCCCAAAACAGACACAUGGACCACGGUGUCCUCUCUGAGUGUCCCCAGAGAUGCUGUAGGUAUCUGUCUGCUAGGAGACAGGCUAUACGCUGUCGGAGGAUACGACGGAACAUCCUACCUGAACAGUGUUGAGUCCUAUGAUGCACAGAACAAUGAAUGGACUGAGGAGGUCAAUCUCAACAUCGGAAGGGCUGGAGCCUGUGUUGUAGUUGUGAGAAUACCUUGAGGACUACAACUCCCUACAACCCCCUGGAACGCCACACAGGAAACAGGUUAUGAUGUCACCACUGAUGUCGUUGAGAAUAUGUUUUUUCUACUGUAAAGGCAAACCUACAUUGCAUUCCUCACAAACCAUUGUUUCUAUCAACAGUGAUUUUCAUUGUCCAAGGAUUUUCUCUUUGAUUAUGAGAAUGUACUUUACCAUAUCUACGGAUUAACAAUCUGCAUAGUAGUGGUUAAAAAAGUAGGAAACUCUGCCACACUCUUGUUGAUAUGGUUGCUCUGUUAAAAUGGUCUGUCAGAAAAUAAUGUUUUCCAUAUGAUAGAAAGAAAGAAAUUACAUUUAACCCAUAAGAGUCGAAACCCUGUCUAAGCCAGGGGAGGGGGAUUUUACGACCCAUUGAAGUAUAACAAAAUAAUUAUUUGAUGAACAUUUUUGUUUGGCCUGCUAUUAGCCAAUACAAACGCAUUGAAUAACAGAUUCACUACAUGGAACAACAGAUAGUCCCAAAACAAAAUCUAGAGGAAGUCCCUAUAUCUGAGAGAUUUAAGAAAGAUCAGGAAGCAUUUGUAUUUUUUUUUACAUGUAUAUAACCACUUAUUUUUUUAUCACUAAACAGUCUGAGGCCUGUCUAAGCAGGUGGAUGGGGGGGGGGG